GCGGAGCCGGCCCGCCCGUAUUUAUGCUGAGCCCCGCCAGGAGCGGCGCCGUAAGUGUGGGGCGGAAGCGCCCGGCACCUCGUUCCUCCCGCCCGGGCGCAGGCGACGAGGAUGAGCCAAAGAGACACCCUGGUGCAUCUCUUUGCCGGCGGAUGUGGAGGUACUGUUGGUGCAAUUCUGACAUGUCCACUGGAAGUUGUAAAAACACGCCUGCAGUCCUCCUCUGUGACUCUCUACAUCUCUGAAGUUCAUCUCAACACACUGAAUGGUGCUACUGUCAACCGAGUAGCCAGAGUUUCUCCUGGACCUCUCCACUGUCUGAAGAUGAUCUUGCAAAAUGAAGGUCCUCGUUCUCUGUUCAGAGGGCUGGGUCCUAAUUUAGUUGGUGUUGCUCCUUCCAGAGCAAUAUAUUUUGCUGCUUACUCAAAUUGCAAGGAAAAGUUGAACAAUAUUUUCAAUCCAGAUUCUACCCAGGUACACAUGAUGUCAGCUGGUGUGGCAGGCUUUACUGCGAUCACAACAACUAAUCCCAUUUGGUUGGUGAAGACACGAUUACAGCUUGACGCAAGGAAUCGUGGAGAAAAGCGAAUGAGCGCAUUUGAGUGUGCCCGCAAAGUUUAUCGCUUGGAUGGCUUUAGAGGCUUUUACCGGGGAAUGUCUGCGUCCUAUGCAGGCAUAUCUGAGACUGUUAUUCACUUUGUCAUUUAUGAGAGUAUUAAGAAAAGAUUACUGGAAUAUAAGACUGCUGGUGCCAUGGACAAUGAGGAAGAUUCAGUAAAAGAAGCAUCGGACUUUGUUCGAAUGAUGAUGGCUGCCGCCACUUCCAAAACGUGUGCAACAUCAAUAGCAUAUCCCCAUGAGGUUGUACGAACAAGACUAAGAGAAGAGGGAACAAAAUACAGAUCUUUCUUCCAGACACUGUCUUUGCUGGUGCGAGAGGAAGGGUACGGCGCCCUGUACCGAGGGCUGACUACACACCUGAUCAGACAGAUCCCAAACACGGCUAUCAUGAUGUCCACCUAUGAAGUUGUAGUCUACUUACUUGAUGGAUAGCAGUGUGCCAAGGUGGAAGAAGGUGGAAGACUGAAGGACUGGAGUGGACCACUGAAUGUCAAUGCCAAUGUGGUGGGCUAAAGGAGCAUUGUAUUGGGAGCAAGCAACUGUGGACGAAACAGAAGGUUGAUUGUGGGCAACUCUGAGUAAUUUUGCUGCCUUUAUUGUGUGGUCUCAUGUCAAUGUGACAAAUGGGAACUGCCCCUUAGGGAAUGCCUUCAUACAUCUCUUAAUUCAGAAUUAUUCUUUUCUUCUCAUCUGUUAAACUAGACAAAGCCAUUGAGUCAUCUUCAGAGACCUGAUGGGUGAGGGAGGGGACAUGAAAUAUGUUGCUGGGCAGUCCUAUUACCUUCUCUUAGUGAUUGCUCUCAGCUACAUCAUUUUUGUUCUGUUUUACUGAAUGGUAACCUGUUGGGGGAAUGGGCAAGAGAGUACUUUCAAAGCUUUCUAUACCUGAAACUUCCAUUUAGUUGCUCUGAAGAUUCAUAGAGAGACUGAGGUAGUGUGGUAAGUGUGUGAAGUUUUUCAUGUUGCUACCUCAAGACGAAAUAAGGUGCAGGGACCCAGAACAGUUAUUUCUUCACUACAAAAGGUGAUACCUGUUGUAGCUUUUUGGUUUGGAUUGUUUUAUUUUUUUUUCUUUGACGUUUGAGCAGUGUUGUGGGUUAAUGAGAGAGAGUCUGACUGUUCAACUCUUCAGGUUAUUGGUCUGUUCAUGUUGGUGUAUGUGGACUUCUGGUCCUGCUGCAUCAUACUUUUCCUUUUCUGGAACUUCUCUUAAGUCAGAGAGGCCUAUGAAACAUUGUCCUGUAUCAUCAGUUUUCCUUGCCAAUAUGUUCAGGUCACUCACACAGCUAAGGAAGUUGCUGAAUGCCACUUUAUAGCCUUUUUAAGGAUUUGUAAUGUGAUGAGAAAUCUCAACUAGUCCAGCUUCCCACUUGUGAAGACAGGAUUCACUCAGUUUCAUGCUGCCUAAGCACAAGCUGUAUUACCCUUAAGUAUCUGGCAAAUCCUGCCUUGGGUUACCAGUGUUUAUAUGGGAGUACUGGGGGAGAACACAUAUCACUGUGGCUGGGGUGACCAGAAGGCAGAAACCAGUUGAAGUUGUGAUAGAUCCUGUCAGUGCAGACAGGCUCUGUGCAGAAGGAUGGAGAAAUUGUAAAUAAUAUUUUCUUGAAAGCAUUCCCCCUCAUAAAUGCUGUAUCACUUCUCUGAGCUUGAGCCUGUGUACUGAGCUAUAACCUUGUCCUCCACAUUGUCUGAUUAGUCAGGCAUUGGUUUUGUUCUGUAAGCCAAUUGCACAUUAACGCCCUGCAUUCAGCAGUGAGGCUUAGCUGGUUUAUGCUGUCAUAAUUUACACAAUUUUCCAAAAUCAUACAACUGGAGUGUCAAGCAGUUUAAUGUUACAGGAAGUUUUACAGCUUUACAGACAGAUACCUUCUCAGUCUGCAUCCACUGUCCUUAUGAGGAAGAUGAUAAAUUAUAAGUUGGGGUCAAUAGCUUUCUCCAUAUAAAUGCUGCUACACUGGCAUGGACAGAACUGUGCUCUCAGCUCUUCCAGUGUGGUACUUCAGUACACUUGAACUGUGCAUCAUGUGCAAUGGCUUUAUUUUAUGAAUGACUUCUUAUGCACUUUGUGGCCUUCUUAGGGCUUAUGACUUUCUUCCUCUUACUGAUUAUCUGGAAUCAAACCAUGUUUGUAAUAUGCAGUUUGGUUUUAAACAAAGCAUGUGGUUUGAUUUCUGUGUAAGCUGUGCAGGAGUUUAUGCUGUAAAUCUGUAGCAUCUCUGUGGCACUGGUUCUGUAGGCUCUCUGUAAAACCUCAAAGCUUGCAGAACAGUCAGUCUGGGUUUUUCUCGUUUGCUUUCCUUUAUUUUGACCCUUGUCAUGUUUUCCAUACAGUGUCAAAGUAUUUGAGUAUUUAAUGUAAUUCUCUGUAUUAAUUGCUCAUCCUCUAAAAGCCACCAAUAGUAAGUA